AUGGAUAUUUUUAAAAUUAGUUAUUUAUUUCAAUUGAUUGUAUCUGUUUUAAGUCGAACUAUUGUCUAUGUUGUCAAUAAUACACCUGAACCAUUAAAAUUUCAAAGUAUACAACAGACCGGUUCACGUGCUUUAUCGAAUAAACAAUGGAAUGUGCAUAAUUCCCUAAUUGGUACUGGUGAAAAAAAAGCGUUAAUUUCAUUUAAUCGUUAUCGAGGUAUUCACGCUGGUAAACACUAUUAUUUUCGUCAAUAUUUGACAUUAUCGGAUGGAAAACGAGCAACUAUUAUGUUAAAACAAAUGUUAUUAGGGAAACGAUUUGGAUCCCGUUUAUGGUAUGGUAUACAAGUAAACCAUUUGCAUUUAUUAACAAAUUCUAGUUAUUCAGACUAUAAAUCGGAUCUAAAGAUAAUCGAUCUAACAAACGGAUAUACAAUCUCCUACAAGAGAUAUAAAACUUAUGGAUGCGACGAUAUUGAAUAUGUUUUGUAUCGUCCUGUUGAACCACCAGAUGAUUCUUUUAAACGUGCAAAAUUAAUACCAAAUUAUUUACGUAAUUAUGAUAUAAUUGUAUUUCAAGAAGCAUUUGAUUAUUAUGCACGAAAACUAUUACACUUAGGUUUAAACAGUUCACAUCCAUAUCGAACAAAUAAUAGUGGCCCGUUUACAACAUCGAAAAUAAAUGGUGGCGUUUUCAUAGCAUCAAAAUAUCCAAUUAUCAAAAGUUUCUAUGCUACAUAUGAUCGAUUAUGUUAUAAUACCGAUUGUUUAGUUAAUAAAGGUGUUCAAUAUGCAAAAAUUUAUUUUAAAAAUGAAACAAUUCUUCAUUUAUUUGGUACACAUGCACAAGCAUGGAAAGGGCGAGUACAGACAACAGUACGAUUACAUCAAUUUAGACUCAUACGACUAUUUAUUAAUGAUCUUCAAAUACCUUCGAGUGAACCAGUAAUUAUCGCUGGUGAUUUUAAUGUUGAUCGAUUUUCAUAUUAUGACGAAUAUCUAGCAAUGUUAAAUAUACUAAAUGCAUAUGCACCCACUUCCAUUGGUAAUUAUCGGUACACAUCCGAUUCAUUUUCAAAUAAAUUCAUUGAUGGUGAUGAAAAUGAAGAGGCACUUGAUUAUGUACUCUAUUCUAAAACACAUAAAUUACCAAUUCAAGCCUAUCAAAAGGUGAUUUUACUAAAAACAAACGUUGAAUGGAAAUAUAAUUAUUAUGAUUUAUCCGAUCAUUAUCCCGUCCUAGUUAAUUCUCCACGCAUGUACUCACAUUUAACAUCAGAUAAAAUUCAUGCCCCUGAAACUUUAAAAUCACCAAAAGUUGUGGAUAUUACUUAUGAGUCUUCAUCACUGAAUCUACCGUUUAUUCAAGUCGCUGAUAUUGACGAUGUUGAUAGUGAAGUAGACUUAUCACAUCGUUCAUUAAAAUAUUUCAGUCAUUCAUCAUCGAAUGUGCAAAAAUCAAACAAAGUUGAACCAUUAAAUUCUCCAUCAGUACGGUGGUUUUAUCAUGGUGAAAAUAAAUGGAUCCCAUUCUGCGGCUAUGAUUCAUUGAAUAUUGAACAUAAAUUUCGCGAAAAGUUAUCAUCGAGUUCUGGAUGCUUACCUAGUAACGAAAUGACAAAACCUAAUGAUGAUGAUAAUAAUAAUGAAAAUAAAAUUAUUGUCAAAGGUGGAUUGUAUGAUGUGGAUAUUUCUGCUAUGACAUGUACAGCUGUUUACUGGAAAGAAGUAUUGCGUGCAACAUGGUUUCAAGAUGAUACAUAUUAUCCAUUAGAAGAAGUAUAUAGUCGCCAAGUCGAAACCGAACAUUUAAUAAAAUUUCGAGGAGAAACAAUUAAUAAGGAGGAUGAUCUUAGUAUUAGAAAAACAAAAGAAGUUAUUUAUCAACUUCGUAUCAACGAUUUUUUAUUCAAAUGGUUUUCAAAUAAUGAAGUUUAUAUGUCAACAGAACGUUGGACAUCAAGGUUCAUGCAAGGAUUUAGGAAGAAAUUAUUUCAAUCAAAUAUUCGAAUUCGUCGUGGAUAUAAAGAAGAUGCCGACAUGGAAGAUAAACAACCGGAUAUUAAUCAUAUCGUACUACGUGAAAUGUGUAAUCGAAUGAUACGAAAAUAUUUCAUGACUUAUUAUGAUUCAAAAGGAAAAGCAGAAUUCUUACCUGUUGAAUGGCGUUCAUCGUUGAAACUAGAUGGCUAUGUGAUCGAUUCAAUAACACCAAAUCGUUUGAAAAAUUUGAGAACGAUGGUAAAUUCAAGUGCUAUGGAUAUUCUUUAUUAUACCAGUCCACAAUUUAGAUCAGAAAUCACGCUUGGUGUACAAGCAGAAUUAAACCGUUUAUACACAUUAUUUUGUCAACGUAAUCCUAAGUUUAAAGAAAGUGGCAAAGUGUCUAUUGUUGCUCAUUCUCUUGGUAGUGUUAUUGCCUAUGAUUUAUUGAAAGGAUGGAAUGUUUUAGAAAUGCAAGAACAAUAUUUAGAACAUAACUGGCUUUUUGAUCAAGACAUCAGUGAUAAAGUGAAGACAGAUAUGUUACAUCAACAAAAACUUUUAGAAGAAUUUAUGAAUUGUAAACGAAGAAUGGAUGAAAUUGAUCAAGAGUUGGCUGCACUGAAUGAUAGUUCCUAUAACAAACGUUUGAAAUUUACGAUUGAGAAUUUAUUUUGUCUUGGUUCUCCAUUGGCUGUUUUUUUGGCUAUACGUGGUGUUAAAGCUGGAACAAAUGGUUUACAAGAUCAUAUUUUGUCGAGAACGGCCUAUCGCCUUGAACCAUUAAUUUUAAAACAUUAUUCAACCAUAUUGCCCCUUGAUAUUCAUCGAUAUGAUUCGUUACUAAGACCACCCUACAAUCAGAUGAAACCACAAGCAUAUGCUGCACUUCAAUUAGCAACUACGCCGACUUCAUCAAUCAUUUCACAAGAACAAAAGGACAAAACGAAAAGCUUUUUUUCGCGUUUUAAACGUGAAGAUGUGAUGAAUGCUGAGAUGGAUUCGAUGGAAGGAAGUAUAUCAUUGGGUGAAUCAUCCAAUAUUGAACAAACAGAAUUAGAUUUUCGUAUUGAUUAUCAGUUACGUGAAGGCAAUUUGGAAAAUUCGUAUUUAUCAGCGUUAACAUCGCACACAUCUUAUUGGACGUCACCAGAUAUUGCAGUAUUUAUUCUUACACAUUUAUAUCGCACCGAUGAACAGCUUGAAAUUUGCAAUUAUAGUGGCUACAAAAUUUAUCCUGGCCACGGUAAACGUGUUGUUAAAGCCGAUGGAAAAGUUCAUAUUUAUUUGAAUUCAAAAUGUCAACGUUCAGCUGAUAUGAAACGUAACCCACGACGUAUAACAUGGACGGUGUAUUAUCGUCGUAAACACAAAAAAGGUCAAGCUGAAACAGAAAUUAAGAAUCGAACACGACGUAAAAUCAAAUUUCAACGUGCUAUUACUGGCGUUACGUGGAAUGAAAUAUUAGCUAAACGUAAUCAACAACCAGAAUUUAGAAAAGCACAGCGACAAGAUGCCAUCAAUGCUGCCAAGCAAGCAAAAAAAGCAAAAGCACAACAGAAAAAAGUAACACAACCAUCAGUGAAGGCCGGUAAACCCGUGAAGAAAGUUGAAAAAAUUCAAAAGAAUAUUCCGAAAGGUGGGCCCAAAAAAGGCACGCAACCAGAUGCAAGUGAUGAGAUUGGUCUAGUGUAA